AUGUUGGGGCUCCUGUAUCGCCAGAGGAGACUGCUCAUCACAGUCAUCAGUCUGGUGAUCAUCUUCAAGUAUAUCUACCGGGACACGAGUGGAUCGUCGAAGGCGAAGCCGAAGCCGAAGAAGAACCAUCACACUCAACAUCAAUCAUCGCCCUCGAACCUCAAGAAGUUCUCCAGUCGGAUCGUCGCCGUGGGCGAUCUACAUGGAGACCUGGACCAUGCCGUGCGGGUACUCAGGAUGGCUGGAGUGGUCGACUUGCGCAAUCAAUGGAUCGGCGGCCCUUCGAUCUUGGUUCAGACCGGCGAUAUCGUCGACAGAGGCAAAGCUACCAUCUUGUUGUAUAAGUGGAUGGACGCUUUGCGAACGGAAGCUCAAGCCGCCGGCGGAGCAGUGGUCAGCCUCCUUGGAAAUCAUGAAUACAUGAAUGCGCUAGGAGAUUGGAGAUAUGUGACGAAGGAAGACAUCGAGACCUUUGGGAGUGCCGAGAGUCGCCGAAAGGUGAUGUCGACGCAAGGAUGGAUCGGGAAGACAUGGGAGGCGAACUAUUCGGUGACGGCCAGGAUACCCUAUCCGCUAGGAUUCAAAGAGUUACCUCGACGCUCAUCGCAAACAUCGACCACCCGACGGUUCACGGAGAGUUUCACUGAAGAAGAAGGGGAAGAAGAGAGCGACCCGUUUCUGGACGCCGGCACGGUCUUUGUCCAUGGCGGCAUCACGCCCGAAUAUGCGAGUCUCGGGAUCUCGGAGAUCAACCGGAUCGGCCACUCGCUCCUCCACCGCGCCCUCGCCGGCACGAUCCCCUACAACCAUCUCCCCCCUCACACCCCGCCCGAAGAGGCAAAGCUCUAUGCCGAACACGGCCCCCUCUGGGAACGCUCCUAUGCCCUCGAAGACGACGAGAGGCGCAUCUGUAGACAGAUCGAAAUCGCUACUCAACGCCUCCAUGUCAGAAGGAUGGUCAUGGGUCAUACGCCUCAGUUUAAAGGAAUCUCCAGUCGAUGUGGGGGCAAGAUUUUACUGAUCGAUACUGGCAUCUCAUCGGCUUAUGGCGGCCCCUUAACCGCUCUCGAAAUCAAUUACUCCUUGACCCCGCUCUCUCAUAAUUCUUCUUCCUCGUCUUGGAAUGAGCGCGAAUCUGUCUUCGCAAUCCAGGAACUGGCUGAUAAGAAGAAGUUGGCCGGGUUUCAUCGGAUCGUUAAUUUGACGGAAUCGCUUCAUCAUUAA